GUUUGUAUGUGCUCAUGUAUCUAUUUCGAUAUUGAACCACUGAUAGUAAAUUAAAUUUCAUUUGUGUUAUCGCAGUAGUAUGGAACGAAGUUACUCGCCUGAAGAAAGUGAUGAGUUCAGUGUUAUUGAUUUCAGUAACGACGAAAGUCGAGAAAAUGGAAGAAGCUCGAGUAUAUCACAGAUAUCGCCAUCUUUGACUUCACGAAGUGAUAAUGCUAUGAUAGGUCCAGAACAAAGUGGAAGAGAUAAGAUUGACAGUAUACUAGAAGCGUUGAAGAGCGCAAUCGUCAGUUUUGAAGAACAUACUCAAACUGAGGAGAAUCUUUUGAAAGACAUCAAAAAUAUAUGCAGCAGGGCAAAAUCACUCGAAUCAAAGCUAAGAAAUAAAAAAAGCUUGCUAAUUAACCAAUUUCAGAAUGUUGUUUCAAACCUUGAUAGGGAGAACUGAAUGCUCACCUGAGAUAAACCAACAUGUUUUAUAUGCAACAUGAUUAUUUGCAUUUGGUAAUCAUAUGCACAUUUUUAAAGACUUGUUUGAAUACACCGUUUGACAUAGUUUUGUUUUACAC